AUUUCCAGCUGUGGGUGAACGCCGCGGUCUCGGCGUCGUGGCACUGACAGACUCAAGGGCGAUCUUUUAUGCAGCCUAAAAUAACAGGCCCGAUACAAGUGGAAGCCCAUCUAUGAACCCGGAGUCUGCAAAUAUCCCGAGGAAAUAAGCGCGAGGAUCACAGAUCAUAUACUGAAUGGGGUUUUUUUUUUGGCUCGAGAGCCCUAACCACUUUGUUAUGCUAAUCGCUCCUGACAUCACUGCGAGAUCAAAGUGGCUCACGGGCACAUAUAUGCUCGAGCUCAACCCGUACCGUCAGUCCAGCACGCUCCACAGCGCAGGCUGCUCCUACAAGACUGAGAGCGAGACUUUACUAGCCUGCCUCUGGACUGUUAAAUGAUGGUUGUUUUCGUUUGGAAUUUUGUCGAUCGAAGACCGGAUUAAUAAACAUAUAUUUUAAUGGUGUGACUGGAUUGUAAGGGAUACGUUUUGGAUUACUUAUCGGAUAAACUGCUUCCUUCAGCUUGUAUUUGACAGACAAAGGAGAGGCGCAGAGAGAAGAAGCUGGUGCCAUGGACUUUGGCGUUUGAUUGCGACUCCAGGCCAACACGCACCUGCACCGCCCCGUUCUGACCGAGUUGGAUCCAGUUUAGCGGGAUGACGAGCGCUUCGCCGUCGCGCACGCUCCGCCUCGUGGCGCUCGUGCUUCUGUCGCAGCAGUGCCUCGCGAUCCGGUGGCUGGCACUAUCGCAGACAACGGAGCACAUCAAUAAGACCCAGCAGUGUAAGAUGUUGCCGGGCCUGGUGUCGUCACAGGCACAGCUGUGCCGUAGCAACCUGGAGCUCAUGCAGGUCAUCGUCCAGGCCGCACGCGAAGUGAAGAAGACGUGCCAGAAGAGCUUCGCCGACAUGCGCUGGAACUGCUCCUCCAUUGACGCUCCCAAGUAUCUCCCUGACCUGGAGCGAGGGACGAGGGAGUCUGCGUUCGUUUAUGCCUUGUCUGCAGCAGCCAUUAGCCACACUAUAGCACGAGCGUGCACCACCGGAGACCUGAAGCUCUGCUCCUGUGGCCCGACCCCCGGCGAGAUUCCGGAGCCCGGGUACAGGUGGGGCGGCUGCGCUGAUAACCUGCACUACGGCCUCGUCGUGGGCUCCAAGUUCUCCGACUCUCCCUUGAAGAUGAAGAGGAAGUCAGGCUUACACACCAACAAACUGAUGCACCUGCACAACAGUGAAGUGGGCAGACAGGCCCUGAAGGCUGCUCUGGUCAUGAAGUGUAAAUGUCACGGAGUCUCAGGCUCCUGUUCCAUCCGCACGUGCUGGCGAGGGCUACAGGACCUGAAAGAGAUCGCCAUGGACCUGAAGGCCAAGUACCUGUCUGCUACCAAGGUGGUCCACCGGCCCAUGGGUAUGCGCAAGCAGCUGGUCCCCAAGGACAUCGACAUCCGGCCAGUGAGGGAGAAUGAGCUGGUGUACCUGCAUAGCUCGCCGGACUUCUGCACCCGCAGCGAGAAGCUGGGCUCGGUUGGCACCCAGGACCGGCAAUGCAACAAGACGUCCAGCGGCAGCGACAGUUGCGAUCUGAUGUGCUGUGGGCGGGGCUACAACCCGUACACGGAGACCGUGGCGGAGCGGUGCCACUGCAAGUACCACUGGUGCUGCUACGUCACCUGCAAGAAAUGCGAGAGGAUCGUGGAGAGAUACGUGUGCAAAUGAGUCUGCGUCCGACCCUCCCGGAGCUGUCUCGCCCACGACUUCUAGAACAGUUGCAGUUUGGGGGUCUUGCUUCUUUUUUUUUUUUUUUUUUAAGUUUUGAUGCAGUUUUUUUUUUUUUUACAUGCUGGAGUUCCACAACUUUCAGACAAUUCUAUUUAUGUCAAAAGAUCGUAGAGCUUAAGAUUUUGAGUGCCAGUCCUUUGUGCACUCGGCUGCAAAUUCUAGAACUUUGGUUUGAGUGUAGUUGGCAGAACCUAACUGACCUAAUCUUCCCGGGCUACAGAACCAAAACCACACAACCAAAGCACUAUGUUACAAAGAAGGCUUACUUUUGUCCUAAGCUUUUUUUGGCUUGUACAUUUUCAAGGAGAAAUUGUUUAUUUUUGUUUUAUGAAUAUUGUUAAUGAAACUUCGACCCGGACGCUGGAAUUUCUUGUUUAACGUUGCCGACAAGCUUGGGUUGACGUGGGUAUGACAGUGCAUGCUGGGUUAUGGAAAGACUGUCGUCCUAAAGGGUAUUCAAAGCUACAUCUGCGCUCAUAUCUGGAUCACGAAUUGAGUCUGUUAUACAGUGCUGGCUCUUUGCGCUGACAGUGCCGUCUGUCUUCUUCGGCGAGACAGUGACUCUGAGCUCUCCUUCGAACCGAAGAGGAACUGAACGUGUUCCAAGUUUUGAUGAAAUCCUUUUCCUGAGUUGGAAGGGAGUGGAAUUCUGAAUUGGACUCAGAUGGUACUGUACUUCCAUGAGGAAAGAGUUUGGCGGACUGGGAAAAGAAAGACCCCCGUUGAAAGUUCUGGACGUGAUGACGAACCCUUUACUGCAGAUCACUGAUGUGGAACUGUGAAAUGGCUUUUGUGUGUGUCAGUCUGAGUAGUUGAUGAAUAUGAUUUUAAAGGGAAAAUACCUGCAUUUACUUAUGUAUCCUCACCGAGAACGUUGGCCUGUAAGUGUCUGUAAGCACAACGUUGCUCUGUUACAUUUUUUAUCCAGUGUGCAGAGAUCUGCUGCCGCACUAACGCCAUAUACAAUGCCGCAUCAUAAACCACUUAUCUGUGGAUGUACAUACUAUCAUUUUUGUAUGCUGAAUUAAAAAAAAAUAUUUAUAGACUAAUUAAAGAAUCUUUACAAAGUUCAUUGAA